AUGAUGAUGAAAGGGAAGUUCAUCAUCGAAGGGGGUGAAGUCGACGGUGUUCCAGUUGGAACGAGCACUGCGGUUUUGGGGAGUUUUGAGGUUUGCGGUGUGAACUCUGCUGUGUAGUGAAUCCGUUCGUGUAACAGAUCGUAUGGGACUACAUAGGUUUUUGGUGUGAAAGGAUUUUGUUUCUCAGAGGUUUGCAUAUUUUUUUGUUGUCAAACUUGUAAGAUAUUUUGCUAUAGAUAUGUUUUGUUGUACUGGGUUGUGGACAUAAGAUGAAGUUUCAGGUUUUUUAGGUUUGAAUUCCUGAGUUGUUGUUUGGAAGUACAUCGAGAACUAUUUACCGCAGAUUCCUCUGCAACUAACGCUUAGGUGUUUUGGCAUACAUAUUCGUAUUUUCAUAAAGUGCAUGGACAUUUAUUCUCAUCCUCGCAGUGCAUUUUGAGCUUUUUACCACGCUUGUCGCCAAAGCACAGUGGGUUUUUGUCUUUUCGCAAAGUGCAAUCCUUGCACAGUGGUUUUCACCCAAGUGACAUGCAUUUUUUGCGAUGUCAGAUUUCACACGAACAUUCUAUGGACUUAAUUUUUAGAGUAGUAAAGAAUUUUUUUUUGCGAGAAUGAAGUCUGGAUAUCGUAUUUUACAAAGCCGUUCAUUAGUGGCAUACGAAUUUAACUCUCAUACCUUACAGGCGCGUCGUAAUUUAUGUAUGCCUUCUCUUUUUACAAUUUUUCCGUUUUUAGACUAUGAGGUUGCUAGCCUCGAUAUUCCUUAUAUCCACAGCUCCUCUCCUUUGGGCCGAGCCGAGAAGAGGGCCAAGUCAGAAUGCCCGGAAACCUCAACAAUCGCCAGAGUUGGCAGGAAAGAUUGAGGACUCGAAACACAAACAUUCCAUGGACACAUUGGAGCCGGAUCCGGCUCAGACCAUUUUCGAGGUCAAACCAAGAAAUCCGAUUGCUAGGACUACAGCCACGCCUAAAAUUAAGACCAGUGUCAGCAAAACUAUCGUUACUAGAGGUAAGGAAAACAAGAAGAGUAAAUAAGCGUGUUUUAGAAGCUUGUAAGGUCGAUUAAAUUAUUUUUUGCUCUGCAAUAUAAAACUGUCGUAUUAUAGGCCGCCGCGCCGCCCGAUUCAUCGACGAAGCCGGCGUCAUUCACCCACAACUCCAUCCAGUUCCCACCGAAUACGAUCUGAUCAAUGAAGACUUUGUUCAGGCCGAAGAAGAGGCCAAACAACAUGAGGAAGAAAUGAAACUGAAAAAGAAUGCCCUAAGGGAUCCAAAUGCGAAUACCCCACCACCGCCACCAGUCUACACCACGCGUGUCACGAACGAUGCGAACGUGGAAAACCCUGAGGCAAUUGAGGAGAGUUUGAAAGUCAAACAUGUUAAGGUUCCCAGCUCUUUGUUCAUUACCGAUGACGAGGAUGAGUUUGAAGAAGAUAAAACGGCUACUACUACGACAACUUUGGCGCCGGUUACCACCACUACUACCUUGGCGCCAACUACUACUACUGAGGCCACUACUACCACAACUACUGUUGAAACUACUACUACCACAACUGUUGCUCCUACGGUUAGUACGGAAGCUACUAGUACUACUGCUAGUAUCGCAGUUACAACCACAGUGGCUGCAACUACUACGACUGAGACCGGUAAGUCGACAAAUUUGAUUUGAAAAGUCCAAUGGAACUUUUCUGUAGCGAGCAGAGAAAGUGCGUAGACUUUUCAUCGUUAAUUUUAAGCAAAUCUGAGUGCCCUUUUUCAAAGGUUCACUGUUUUCUCCCUGACCGCCCACAGCGUUUUUUAUACUGUCUCAGCGACAGAGAUCGUUCAAUACCUCUCACAUGGGGACCGAACCAUGAUGCAGAUUUUUUAAACCUAAAUACCCCACCUGAAAGAGUUCCUGAAAGUUUGCUUCAGCAGUUACAACUAAAUUCUCAAAAUUUAGUUGUAUCCCUUCCAUUUCUGGACGGUAUAAUUGGAAGAGACUCCGCCACGUAUUUUACCACCACAUUUUUCAGCGAAAGAAGGAAUGGCCAACUUCUUUGACGAAGUUGAAGCCGAAGAGCCUGAGGACAUCUCAAAACCUCAAGUGAAUUUGGAGAAGGAACGGGUUGUGAAAGUGAAAGGAACUGAUAUCCAAUUCAGUAGCGAUGACUCAGUCGAAGUGAUCGGAGAGCUGGACGAUGCUCCGGAAAGAAAAGUCCAUAGAGCUGAGGUUAUUCAAGUACGGUCGAGUGGCAGUGCAAAUCCAGAGAAACGAUUCGCCAGCGCCAAGCGGUUGUUGUUGAGCAACUUUGUUACUCAGCGAUAUAAUGUAAAUUGAAUAUAGAAUUAGCUUUAUUGAGAUAUUCCAGUCGAAACAGCUCAACUCGGGUUUCACCCAUCGUGCUCAUCGUUCCAAACGUGAAGCAGACGACUUCUCCGUUGACAAACAUAUCCAACGAAAGCUCCAAAACAACGAACCGGUUACUGGUGAUCGACCGGUUGUGGAGAGAUACGAAUUGCGAGUGCUUCCCGAACUUGAGCCUCCAAAGGUUGCGUUCUACACCGCCCCACCUCAUUUGACUACCAGCAUUCCGGGCGCGCUGCAAGGAUUUAUGUGGACUGCUGCGCCGGUUUUGGUACCCGUUACAAAGGCUGAGCCGAGUACGACUACUGUUGUGACAGGUAGGAAGCAUAGCUGGCCUAGCAGUACACUCCAUUUCAAAAUGAUAGACACGUCUAUAAAAUCUGCAAUUGCGGCGUCGACGUGCAGUUGACGGAUACGAAACCUUUACAGAUUGAAAGAGGAGGUUCGAAAACCUAUACCAAAAAAUAAUCUUUUUUAUUGCACUGCAAUUGCACUUUGCACAAAAGAUUUUCCAAAUUUUGGGUGUUUCAAAAAGGUAGACACGGUUGCUAUUUUUGCUAAAAACUUGCGAGUAUGGGCCCCAUAGGGCCUGAAAUUAUUAGUAUGACUGUAUUGCAACUGUCUGGACUUUACUGAGUUCAAAACGCCCGAAUUUUUGUCCAAUUUUCCCGGAAUUGCACACAUACUUCCGUUUUGUGCAAUCUGGCCUGCAUCUUUCAGAAGUCCACUUUCUAUGGGCACAGACAGUGCAGAUGCGACCUAUCGUGUGUUAUGGACUAGAUCCAGUCAGUUUUCACUGGUAUGCAACAAAUAAAUGCGUGGAAAUUGCAACGAAAACUGAUUUCGCAACGAUAGUCGUCACUUUUAAAGCUCCUCAAGCGGGUGCCUGUGGUUUUCACAACCCAAAAAGCUCCGAACUAUCUUGGCGAUCAGCAAACAAACGUUAUUAAGUAAGCCUUGUGUCCAGGCUCCGUCGGGCCAACGCCAGAAAAGGUGAAGUUUCCAAAAAACCCUUUUUGACCCAUUUUUAAGCCUAUUUCGCAUAGUUUCGCAAAAGUUUUGUGCACUGCGGACCCGCUAAAGCAGAGCUGCAUAUGCUACAGACUUAAACGUUUUUACGAGAACCUAAGCAUUGCACUCAUGAAGUUUUUCUUCGCAUCUAGCUUGUUUCGAAACGUAGCGCAGCCUUCAAAGCUGACCAUGUAGCAGCCGAAUCAGUUUUCGUUGCAAUUUCCACGCAUUUAUUUGUUGCAUACCAGUGAAAACUGACUGGAUCUAGUCCAUAACACACGAUAGGUCGCAUCUGCACUGUCUGUGCCCAUAGAAAGUGGACUUCUGAAAGAUGCAGGCCAGAUUGCACAAAACGGAAGUAUGUGUGCAAUUCCGGGAAAAUUGCACAAAAAUUCGGGCGUUUUGAACUCAGUAAAGUCCAGACAGUUGCAAUACAGUCAUACUAAUAAUUUCAGGCCCUAUGGGGCCCAUACUCGCAAGUUUUUAGCAAAAAUAGCAACCGUGUCUAUCUUUUUGAAACACCCAAAAUUUGGAAAAUCUUUUAUGCAAAGUGCAACUGCAGUGCAAUAAAAAAGAUUAUUUUUUGGUAUAGGUUUUCGAACCUCCUCUUUCAAUCUGUAAAGGUUUCGUAUCCGUCAACUGCACGUCGACGCCGCAAUUGCAGAUUUUAUAGGGGUGUCUAUCAUUUUGAAAUGGAGUGUGGUGCAAAAGUUCUUAUUACGGCUACUAUAUUAAAAUCGAGUUUUUUGCGUUUUCAGUUACCGACUCGGUUGAAGAUCUUUCUGUUGAAAGCGCUGAGGGAAAGGUGUCUCAUGCAGUGCACCAAGUCCGCCAAAAUCAUCAUGAUGAAGCCGUAAGCCACACUGAGUCUUCUACUCGAGCUACUCAUCCAACUCACGCGGCUAGAAGCACAUGGUCCACGGCUAAGCCAACUACAACCCGUUAUGUUAGUCCUACUACCACUAGAAGACCAACUCAAAAAACUACUGCUAAGCCCGUGGAAACUACGCCAAAACCAGUGCAAGCCACCUCUACUCCGGCGGCAAGCACUCCGUCUACAACGACCAAAAAAUACAUCCCAGAUUACCGCCCAAGGGAAUUCAUUGAUAUGAGAAAGCCCGAUGACCUUGACCUCUUGACCGAGCCCGGACUAAAAGCUCCGGCCAAACUGAAGACUGGGAAAGCCUACUUCACCGGCGAGCUUGGCAAGAAUUCGUUCAGAGAUAUCACUUUGACCGAGAGUGACACAGCGUUGUCGGAGAAGCAUAUCUUGGUGCAGGUAAGAAAGAAUUCGUUGCGAAAUGGACUCCUGCAUCAUCGUGUAUUUUACACUAAACCUUUGUUUUUCAGAAGAACCCCGAUGAAUUCUUCAAAACUGUUGAUGUUCCAAAUCUUGUUGAUGAAUUCCCGGAAGAGUCUCAGAAUCUCGCCGCUCGUGGUGAAUCCGUUAAUCGAGAGGAGCUGAAAAUUGUUCCCGAGCUCGAACGGCCAGCCCAGGCCACGACUCGUCGAGCUAUCCUCAACUCGGAGGUUGGAAUUGAGCCUAGGACAAACGUCGCGCCUGUGACUGGCCGUCCACUUGUUCAAAACCAAGUUCAGUCCGUUCAACAGCAAGUUCAACCGUCCCAGCAGCAAAAUCAACCUGUCCAACAGCAGUUACAGACCGAACCAGCCCAACAACUGCCUCAACAGCCUGUACAGCAAUUCCAGCCCGCCCAGCAGCAAUUCCAGCCGGUUCAACAGCAAUUCCAACCCCAGCCGGCCCAACAACUGCCUCAACAGCCUGUACAGCAAUUCCAGCCCCAACCAGUCCAACAACUACCUCAACAGCCAGUGCCGCAAUUCCAGCCGAGGCCCGUUUUCCGGCCAGUCCAACAAUUCGUCCAGCAGCCCAUCCAAGCGCCAGGACAGCCAAAUAUGAAUGUCUUCGUGGUCAAUGGACGCCGAGUCUUAGUUCCAUCCAUUCCUUACCAUCAGCAUGUCCUUGGCCAACAAUUUGUUCAAGUAGUUCCUCAGCCGGUUCAAUGGGUCCCAAGACCGGUUUUCCAGCCAGUCCAGCCAGUUGGAGUAGCGGUUCCGGCCCCUCCAGCUCAGCCAGUCCAACCUCAGUUCCCAGCUGGACCGGUUCCAAGUGCCGCCCAGAUCCCUGUCCGGCCGCCAAUUGCGCCACAGGCCCAAAUCCCGAUGCUGCCGGCCGUUGGCCAAUCGGCAUUCGUCUUGAACCCACAGCCGCUGGUCCAGAAUAUCCCAAGACCCGGCCAGACGGUCCAAACAAACCAAAGAUGGCCGUUUGAAAACUCAAGGUUGUCGAAUAUCCCUAGGCAGCCAGCUCAAGCUACAACACCGACAACAACGUCAGUUGUAGUGACUACUCCGACGACCACUACAACAAGAUUUGUUCAGCCCAUUUUGCCGGAUAUUAUUAGGUGAGGAAAUUGGAAGGUUUUACUUUUCGGCCAACUGUUCCUCUGAUUUAAAAUCUCAGGGUUGAAUUUUGUCUUGAGUCAGGUGUUGCUCUGAUUUGUCAUCUUUGGGUCAAGUCUUUUUCUGGCUCAAAUCAAUGAAACAGGAUGUGAUAAGACGCGAUAUAACCAUGACAGUUUACAGAAGAGAUAUCUUUUCGAGUCGGCAGUUUCCUUGAUUCUUAACUUUGAGUCAACUCUCGCUACUUUUCCGAUUUUGGGUCAAGUCUUCCUCUAGGCCAAAUUUUGUUUACAAACAUCAAUAUAGGUUGGAAAAACGCCCAGGGCAACUAAAACGUGAUGUAAUUUACAAAUUUGAUGUUUAGCACCCCUGCCCCAGUGGCCAAAUCGCACAUCCACACGAAAGACUUCGAGCUCUACGAUGAAGUCGCCGACGCCCGUUCUCGCCUCUAA